GAUCAUCUUGAGGUCUCGCGUCUCCCCCCAAAGUAGGUCAAAGUCCGCUCCUCCUUCACAAGUCCAAAUCGCUGGUACACAGCCAAGAUCUACUCCCCGCGCCGAACAUGGCAUUCCCAGCCCCAACCAUUCCUGAUCCACUCUCUUCCGACCUCUCGGACUACUCAGAAGUUCCCUACCUCAAAAAGAAGCCCUCGUUUGUUAAUAAAGUGUACCCCCCUACUCUGUCACCCACGGUCUCGCAAGUUGUCGCGGACGACGGAACCCUCGAAUACCAACAACAGAGCGCGAGGAGAGCAGCAGAAGGGCUUAGAAGGCAGCAACAACCAAAAGCUAGCCUGUCCAACGAUAUAGAAGGGUUCUCGUCCCCGGAAGAGGAAGACGAGGCUGGUCCGGGUCUCGAGAUUGAUUCCGAGUCCGAGGAUCUUGAAAUGGGUGACUAUGCGAACGUAGGGGAGGAGGUUACAAGGCGGAGUGGUGACGAAGGAGGGCGAGUGAAGACCAGGAACCAAAGGGGCUUAAGUUUACACGGCGAUGAUGGUCCUAGUCUUGGUGAUCGGUUGAUUAUGGCAGAUGGUGAUCGGCCUGUUGUUAGUAAGGAAGAGAAAAGGAUUGCGGAUGUGAAAGUAAUUAGGAGUUUGGCUAUUAACGUCAUACUGAUUGGGCUAUGGUAGGCUGGAGAGCUCUGAGUUGAAAUGCAGCUACGGUAUUGGGUUGCUAACGCAUUGCCCCCUCGUUUUUAGGUAUCUGUUCUCGCUUCUAAUAUCUAUUGUAAGAUGGCCUUCCUCUCGUUCACUCUUUUAUGGUCAGCUUCUAAGUCUUACCCGAAUAAAGUACAACAAAUGGAUGUUCGAUCCUAAGCACCUCGAUUUUAAAUUUCCGUUGUUCACUACCUGUACACACAUGGUUGUCCAAUUCUCUCUAGCAUCUCUAGUGCUCUUCGCAUUCCCGAAACUACGGCCCGUAGGGUUUUUCGGGAGAGUCACCUGUCCUGAUCCGCAAUCUGAGGUUCCCGAACUGGAUCACUUUAUGGGGGCAGGGAAUUCUGUCGAGGAGCGGAAGAAGCAACAAGCCGGCAUCAUGACGAAAUGGUUUUACGCAACCCGAGUAGGCCCAUGCGGGGCUGCCACUGGGUUGGACAUUAGCCUUGGAAACAUGAGCUUGAAAUUCAUUACCCUCGCGUUCUACAGUAUGUUUAGUUCACAGUGGGAUAACGGGACGGGCAAUUUGCUGACUUCGAAUAAGCUAUGUGUAAAUCUUCUGCCUUGGCAUUCGUUUUGAUAUUUGCCUUUAUAUUUCGUCUAGAGAAGGUGACAUGGAAGCUAGUUGGAGUCAUAACUGUGAUGACGAUUGGUGUAGUGAUGAUGGUGGCGGGAGAAGCAACGUUCGUACCAAUUGGCUUCAUUCUUGUGAUCAUGUCCUCUGCUCUAUCUGGGCUGCGAUGGUCACUCACGCAGAUUCUACUAUUGAGAAACCCAGCCACCUCUAACCCAUUCUCAUCCAUAUUUUUCCUGGCGCCCAUCAUGUUCAUUUCGAUUCUGACAAUUGCUAUACCUGUGGAGGGGUUUGUACCGCUGGGUGAGAGAUUGGCCGAAUUAGCAGCUCAGAAGGGUACCGUCAACACUGCUGCUAUUCUUCUCUUCCCUGGUGCCAUCGCUUUCCUUAUGGUUAGCAGCGAAUUUGCGUAAGUUCCAAAUAUCCAUUCAUGAUUCUAGCUAUCUAAUAAGCCACAGACUCCUCCAGCGCACCUCCGUAGUAACCCUCUCGAUUUGCGGCAUUUUCAAAGAAGUCGUUACGAUCUCCGCAGCUACAAUUGUCUUCGGCGACCCUCUGACCCCUAUCAACAUAUCGGGCCUCUGUGUCACAAUACUAAGUAUCGCAGCAUACAAUUACAUCAAGAUCAAGAGGAUGCGCCGGGAGGCGCGAGAAGAGACUAUUGAGGCAGCAGCAUACGUCCCAGUUGGGGGCGGCGAUGAAGAGGACGAAGAUGAAGGACUGGAAGAGCGAGUGAAAGGUACAAGCAUAGACGGUGGUGUCCUCGGAAACACGGAAAUACAGGUUGGCGAAUCGGCGUUGAGUCCUCGGUUUCCUGGGCUCUCUACUUCACCUUUGCGAGGUAGUGAGCAGACCCGAUUACGUUAAACAAAUAACUUUUGCGCAUCCACGCACUCUCUCUGGCCAAAUCAUUAGAUUUGUAAUUCUAAACCGAUUGCUCAUGUCUUUUUGAUAUCACUAUACGUAUGUAUAUACUGUACCGGUGUGUUUUGCGGAGUUCGGCACUUGUUUCUUUCAUUUUUUUUCCCUUCGCUGUAUUCCUAUCGCUUGGACGACUGUACUAUCGGUAUUGUUACCACCCCCAUCGCGGAGUGACGCAGCCUAAUGGUUGCUUUCAGCGCCGUUCGGUUCAGGUGAUUUAAGAUAGGCGAGUGAUCAUGUGUGCACAUGGUCUGUAUACCGACAUGUGCUGCACCCGUCCUGUGAUGAGAAGGGUUGCCGAUCGGAUGGAAGGGCCGAAACUGUGUACUCGGGUGUUAGGGUAUUUCGUGCGCGGUGGUACAAGUUGCCACCCCCUGCCCUCUACCCCUACUUGUCAACUUAGUAACUGCCCCUGAAAUUGAAGAUAAAUGUGACAACAAUCACAUGAGAUGCCAAAAUAACUCCAUGAUAUUUCCACUACCAAUACUACAACAAUGAAAAAAGGAACUUGUAAAUAGUAUCCAGAAGGUAUUAGGUGCUGCGAAAUGAGUUGGGAUUAGUAGGUGAAGGUCAUAAUACUGUGAGAUGAAGGCGAAUGGAGUUGGAUGAAGAUAGGACUCUAUCUAAACACCGGAAGGUGAACCCGGCAAUAAGUAAGUAGAUAGUCAGAACUAGAAAAUGGAGGAGCUAACAGAGAAGUAAAUAUCUAUAAACGAGCAAAGGUAAUAGUAGGUACA